AUGCGGCACCUUGAGUCCUGGUGUGUCUACCGGGAUAGGUAUAGAUACUACGCCUGUCUGAUGAGAGCAAGAUUUGAUGAGCACAAGGAUGAAAAAGACAUGGUUAAAGCAACCAAGUUCUUGAUGGCCGCCGAAGAAUUUUGGGAAAGGCAACAUCCUCAGCUGUACAUCUUUCCCGACUUUCCAGGUGGCACAGGCUAUGAGAGAUACAAGUGCUAUAAGUCACCUGAAUGGAUCCUAGAAAUAUGGCAUCCAUCUGAGAAAGCAAUGUACCCAGAUUACUUUGCUAAGAGAGAACAAUGGAAGAAACUGCGCUUGGAAAGUUGGGACAAGGAGGUCCAGCAGCUUCAGGAAGAAACCCCACCCGGUGGUCCUACUACUGAAGACUUACCUCCCACUCGUAAAAGGGACGCCUGCCUCCUUUCUGCUGGCAGUACAUAA